AAAUAAGGCAUAUUUGGAAGGGGGGUUUUUAGGAGGUUUAAGCAAAAGCAAGAAGCCAUGGGAGGCGUUUCCUCAUCAAUCCCUAGCGAUCAACAACAACAACAACAAACUCACACCAACGUUGACUCGUCUCCCAACUCACCGAUUCCCUCCGAUUCUAACUCACCAAACCCUAAAAUGUCCGAUUCCGAUUCCAAAACCCCCAAAACCCUAGACCAAGACAAAGAGAAAGAGAAAGCUCCGGAAGAUUCGAGUCAAUCGGCGAAGGAUUCUGAUAAAGUCGAAAACAAAGACGAAGAAGGAGGUGGAGACGAAGGAGACGAAGAUGAAGAAGAAGGAGAGUGUGGAUUUUGCGUGUUCAUGAAAGGCGGUGGGUGCAAGGACAGCUUCGUAGCUUGGGAGAAGUGCAUCGAAGAGGCGGAGAAGAGCAAAGAGGACAUUGUGGACAAGUGCGCCGAGAUCACCACCGCGUUGACUAGGUGUAUGGAAGCUCACGCCGAUUACUACGAGCCGAUAAUCCGAGCCGAGAAGAAGGCCAAGGAAGAAGUCCUCAAGGAAUUGGAGAACGAGAAAGAGAAAGAGAAAGUAGAAGUUGCUUCUAAUUGAUAUAAUUUGAUGAGGUUAGUUUGCUUUUUGAUUCUGUUUUAGAACUCAAAAUUUAGUAGUUAUUUUUUGGCUGCUAUUUUGUGCGGUAUGAGCCGCGGUGAUAAAAGUAUAAAAGACAUGAUUUUUCGGAGUUUUUUGUUCGGGAUAUGGAGGCCUGGUUAGAGGCAAUUAAGGAAAUCUUGAUAAAUGGGAAGUGUUUUUUUAGCCAACUUUUUUCUUUGUUGAUUAUGUUCUUAUGUGGGUAUUUACAAAUUUAUGAUUUUUCGGGUGUUGGUAAUGGUCGGAUUUUUAUAAUGUUGAGAAGGCGAAAGAGAAAGAAACCGCUUCUAAUUGAUAAUUUGACGGGGUUAGUUUCUUUUUGAUUCUGUUUUAGAACUCAAAAGACAUGAUUUGAGGCAAUUAAGGAAGUCUUGAUAAAUGGAAGUGUUUUUAGUUAACUUCACUUUGUUGAUUAUGUUUCUCAUUAUGUUGGUAUUUUCGAGUAGAUAAUGAAAACGGUGUUAC